AUGUACUGGCAGUGGGCAGGUCUGAUCCUGAACAUCAGUGAGCCACAGGAAAGCUGCCAGAACCUGGGCUUUCCCCAGACACCUGUGCCCAUCGCCCCUGUUUCCAGCCAGGCCCAAGCCUUCCUCACAGUGUGGGAGAAACUUCCCUGGAGCUGCAGGGAACUGCUAGAGAAGGCGGGGCCUGGAGCGCCUGGGAGCGCUGAAGCUGAGGGGUCUGAGCGGCUGAAGUCUGGGGCAGGGGGUGGCUGCCGCCCCAGCCCAGGAUCCAAACAGCAUCUCAGAGGCCUGCAGCAGGGGCUUUCACAGUCAGUGACCCACAGCAGCCUGCCCAUCGUGGCCUCCCUGGCUAACUCAGCUGUCUCCUUCAGCUGCAGGAUCAGCUACCCGUACACCCCCCAAUUUAAGGCUUUCACAGUCAGCUACUUUCAUGAAGACCUCCAUGGGCGAAGGAGCCCUGAGAAGCCAACCAACUGCCACCCUGGACUGGGCAUAGAGAACCAGACCUAUGCCCUAAACUGCCUGGUCACCCUUGUGCCGUUGGACACAUCAGCGACUGGCACCUACUACUGCUCUGUCAACAGGCCACACCCUGUGGCAACAGGCAGUGGCACCUUCAUCCUGGUCAGAGACACAGGGUACUGAGAGCCCCUGUGGAGCCCUUAGAAGCUCCUGCUCUUUGGCUUCACCAGCCUCCUGAGUGUCCUGAGUGUUGUGGACACAGCCCUGCGGCUCCAGAAGAAGAGGCAGAUGCAGGCUCCACGGAAGGAUCAUCCCACCAGGAAGUGCCCAGCUCCAAGAUCUGCCAGCAGCCCCAAACAGCCUCCUGCAGAAUACGUCUACACAGCUCUGCAGUGCCACAAGAUGGAGGUCUAUGCCUGCAUUGAGAGUGAGACUGGCAGCCCACCCACCACCACACACGGCCCCCACUCCAAG